GGUCUCUGUAAGCUCUGGAGUACAACUGUCACUGAUGCUGCGUGAACGAACUCCCACGUCAACUACAAGCUGGAACAAUUCAGGACAUGUCGCUCAAGAUACAAAUACCAGUCAACCUUUUACUUCUUGUUGGAGGAUAUCCUCGCGAGUAUACGGUAAUCAUUAUGAUUGCACUUCUACCUUUUUCGGCGAAGCAAGACCUUAUACUUUUACCUUAUGCUUCCGAGGAUAUGCUUCUCUUUUAUGAAUACGGCUCAUUA